AACUAAAUAAUUAGUUAAUUAGUACUUGAUUAUUUAGUUUUAAAAUUUUAAUUAAUUGGUUGGAAAAAAGAGUACUCACAAGCCCGAGCACUGACAACUUUUGCCUCCGGCGGAGCUCUGACAGAAUUGUAAUGGCAGCCAUGGAAGGAGUGACGAUGGCCGGAGCCCAAGACCAGCCGCCAAAGGUGGUCGAGCGUCUGAAUCCGGCGGUUCAGCAGCAGCUCAACCUCGAUUCCGUCAAGACUCGCGCUAUCAGCCUCUUCAAAGCCAUCUCCCGUAUCCUCGAAGAAUUCGACGUCAUAGCCCGCACAAAUGCCGUCCCCAAAUGGCAAUAUGUAUUGGGGCAGUUCUCGAUGGUAAAUCUAGAGCUUUACAAUAUCGUUGAAGAUAUUAAGAAUGUGUCUAAAGCUUUUGUUGUGCAUCCUAAGAAUGUCAAUGCUGAGAAUGCUACAAUCCUGCCUGUUAUGCUGUCGUCUAAGCUUUUACCCGAAAUUGAGGUGGAGGACAACGUCAAGAGAGAACAGCUGUUACAUGGUAUGCAGAUUCUGCCAGUGGCUGCACAAAUUGAAAAGCUAAAGACUAGGAUUGAUAUGAUUGGAGCAGCCUGUGAAAGUGCUGAAAAGAUCAUAGCUGAUGCACGUAAAGCCUACUUUGGUACGCGACAGGGCCCAACACUUCUCCCAACCGUUGACAAGGUUCAAGCUGCAAAAAUACAAGAACAAGAAAAUUUACUUCGAAGUGCUGUCAAUCAUGGUGAAGGGUUAAGAAUGCCUGGAGACCAAAGGCAAGUAACAUCUUCACUUCCAAUGCAUUUGGUAGAUGUACUCGCUACUAAUGACACUACACAGACUUUCCCGGAUUCGUCUGGGAUGUACCAGAAGGGAACACCUCCACUUUUGACAACUGCCGGUAAUAACAGUCAGGGUUCUUUGUUACAGGUUUCUGGAGCACAAUUUGGAAGAGCAGCAGCUUCGCCUUCUGGUGCUACUGGGAGCACUUCUUUUGAUAAUACGACAGCAUCUCCUCUGCAAUAUGCCAACUCGCCCAGAUCCGGUGCAAAUAUCAUGAACAUGCCAUCUCCUCAACAACAACAGCCACAACAACUACAGCAACAUCAGCAACAACAGAGGCAGAAAAUGAUGCAGCAACAACUUUUAAAUCAACAGCAGCUAAGAGGAUCUUCAAUGCCUUCUCUGGGACAGAGCCAACUACCACAGUUGCACGACAUGACGAGCCAGGCACAACAAAAGUUUCAGUCGCAGAUGCAAGGUCAACAUCAUGUGCAGUUUUCUCAGCCAUUGUCAGCUCAGCAACUACAAGGUAGACAGCUUGCAUCCAGUGCAAUGCAUAUGGGUCAAAACCAACUAAACCAAGGAAACCAGCUGAAUCGUCAAUUAAAUCAGUUCUCUAGCCCAGCAAAUAGUGCUAUAUUUAAUGCUGCUCAGACGACACCAGCCUCGCAGAUGAUACCUAACAUGUCAGCUAUGAUGCCUUCACAAUCAAUUCUUCCAAGAAUGCAGUUUGGAAUAUCUGGUGGCAAUCGGACUCUGCCUGCUCCAAGUCUGAGUGACCAGAUGUAUAACAUGGGAGCAGCAAAUGCGGGUGGUAUGAUGCCCAUCCAACAACAGCAACAGCAGCAACAGCAACAGCAACAAGGUGCUUUUGGGAACAUGUCACAAAACACACCACAGAAUAUACAAUCCAAUAUGCUACCUAUGCAAAACACUUCUCAGAAUCAUCCCAACUUUCAGCAGCAGAGACAACAAAACCAGCAGUGAUGAUAAUUGUUUGAACAAUAUUGAUAUGCCAUUUCUAAUAUGAUAUGUUGUACUAUUUUAUCAAGUAGGUUACUUCAAUGUUUCUUGACAGAACUAGAAACAGAGGAAUUACGUGUAUAUACUGAUGACAGUUAUGGGAAUCACUCUUCUUUCUUUU